AUGCUUACUUAUACACCUUACACUGAAAUGUUUCCUAAACGCGCCAGCAUCAGUCUUUCUCAGGCAUCCGAGACGUGGGGCCAAAAUGCAAACGGAACAAAAGCAGCAGAGCUUUCCAAUGUUUAUCCACAGCUUGGAUAUCUCGGUGAAGUCGAUCCGAACUUAAUUCUGCAGCUGCUCAGCGGGCGCAUGGCUAUCAAUGUUGAGGGUGAGCAGAUUCCCUUCAGCUCCACAGUGCCAUCAACCCCAGCACCCGAAAAGCCUGAAAAGCCAGAAAAGCCUGAAAAGCCAGAAAAGCCUGAAAAGCCAGAAAAGCCUGAAAAGCCAGAAAAGCCUGAAAAGCCAGAAAAACCUGAAGAGCCGGAAAAACCUGAAGAGCCAGAAAAACCUGAAGAGCCAGAAAAGCCAGAAAAGCCCGAGGAGCCUGAGAAGCCUGAGAAGCCAGAAAAACCUGAGAAGCCAGAAAAACCUGAGAAGCCAGAAAAACCUGAGAAACCCGAGAGGCCUUGCAAACCCGAAAAGCCCGAGAAACCCGACAAGCCAUGCAAGCCAGAGAAGCCAGAGAAACCCGAGAAACCCUGCAGACCCGAAAAGCCCGAGAAACCCGACAAGCCAUGCAAGCCAGAGAAGCCAGAGAAACCCGAGAAGCCUUGCAGACCCGAGAAGCCUGAGAAACCCGAGAAGCCUUGCAAACCCGAGAAGCCUGAGAAGCCUUGCAAACCCGAGAAGCCUGAGAAGCCUUGCAAACCCGAGAAGCCUGAAGAGCCUUGCAAACCCGAGAAGCCUGAGAAACCCGAGGAGCCUUGCAAGCCCGAGAAGCCCGAGAGGCCGCCUCACUCCCCAUGCCCACCAAAAAAUGAUCAUCAUCACUACCAUCACCAUCACCAUUACAUUCACGGCCUUUUCCCCCCUCCGCACCACACCACCACAACUACCUGCAAGCCUUCCACUGCUCCCCCCCCUUGCCACACCACCACAACUACCUGCAAGCCUUCCACUGCUCCAACGUUUGAGUCGGACUCUUACUUCUUAGCUCCAGUCGCUUAA